AAUCAUAGGAGUGAGUACACCCAUUUUCUUUCUAAUGAUACGUAUUUAUAUAAUCGAAGUGUUUUUCUCAUGCUCUUGUUAUAAAAAGUGACUCAUAAUUUAAUUAAAAAUGGCUACAAAUCCUACAAACUCUUAAAUAUUUUUGAAAAAAUUGUAUUAUAAAGAGAGAAGAAAAUAUAUCAUCGUUUACAAUAGUUAUAAAAUGGCCAAGUCGGACAAUUUUAAAGAUCAUGUUAAGAUAGCUGAAGAAAAUAUUGUCUGUGGUGAUGCUUUGAAAGAAUACCUUGAACCUAGAUUCGAGUGUCCUAUUUGUUUAACUUGGCUGCGUGAUCCAGUUUUAACAUCUUGUGGUCAUAAAUUCUGUUCGCAAUGUAUAUACACUUGGCUUCAAAAAGAAGGUGCUUGUUGUCCAGUUGAUAGCAAAAGUUUAAAAUCUGAAAAUGAUUUAUUCAGAGAUUUAUAUACAAGCAGAGAGAUAUCACAACAACGAAUACCUUGUCUCUACCAACAAUUUGGCUGUGAAAUUAAAAUGUCCCCAAUGGAUAUAGAAGCACAUAUAAAUGGAUGCUCAUAUAAAAGAAGUCUGGCAGAUUCACAAACUGUCUAUUGUUCCUUUAAGAAUGUUGGUUGCAUGAAAACUUUUCAUACUGAAGAGGAUUUACAUGCACAUUUAGAAGGAAAUAUAAAUAUCCAUUUAAUUAUGAUCCUGAACAUAUUAACACAACUAUCUGUUUCAAAAAAUAACGUUGAUAAUAUAGCUGCAGAAUCUAAAUUAUGGGAUCCUCCACCAAAAAAUACAACUUCUAUAGAAAAAAACGAACCACCAUUAGAAUGGCAACACUUAUUAAAGAAUCUAUAUGAAAGGAUAGUGGUGCUGGAACAAGAAAACAAGGAACUAUCUAUAAGCAUUUCUAAUUACAAAACUCAACUCACAACUUUGCAAACUUCUUUACGAUUUAGCCAGGAAGAAAUGUCUUUACGUAGUUGUAAUGGAGUUUAUAUUUGGAGAUUACAUUGUUUUCAUGAGAAACUUGAAACCAUGAUGAAUGAUUCGUUAAAAAUGUUUUAUAGUCCUGGCUUUUAUACGAGCCCUAAUGGUUACAAGAUUUGUGCUAGAAUUAAUAUAUCUUCUAAAGAUCCUGAAUCUCUGUCACUCCUUCUGCAUAUAAUGAAGUCAGAAAAUGAUGAUGGUCUAGAUUGGCCAUUCAAUGGAACAAUGUAUUUUGUUUUGGUUCACCCAGAUAAUCGGGAGAAAGAUAUACGAGAAAUAACUUCAUCAAGACCAGAUCUUGAAGCAUUUAGAAAACCAAUAUGUGAACUCAAUAAGCGCAGUUUUGGUUAUACAGAAUUUGUGCGAAUACGAGAUUUAUCUGAUUUUUUGGAAAAUGAUUGUUUAAUUUUCAGGAUAGAAGUUCAUGUGUAUGAUAAAUUUAAAAUAUCAAUAUAAUUUAAAAAUGUUUGUGACAUUGGUUUUUUUCCUUGUCUAAAAUUAGAGCCAUUUUUAAGAAAUUUACUAGAAAUUUCCAUCCUUAUGUUAAUAUAACAAGUAAAAAUUCAUUUAUUCUUUCAUUCAUUUAAUUCAAUCAUUCAUUCUUUAAAACUUCGAUUUGGCACAAAUGCGUAUCAUUUAACCUGAAAUUUGAGUAAUAUAACACAUUCAGGUGCAUUUUUAUACAACCAACGAUUCCACUCAUUGAACUCAUUGUCAAAUAGAAGACAAAAUGUCAAAGUAACUCAGAGUGUAAAUUACACUAAAAACGCUCAAUUUUUGAACCGCUACAUUCCUGAAGUUAAAGGUCGAAAACUAAUAAAUGACACAAAAAAGAAGACUAUAAUUUUGUUUCCUAAAGUAAAGUUUAAAUCCGAAACGCAUUCAUUCAGAAUCAUAUAAAUGUGCAUUUUUAUC